CGACCGCAAAAACAAAAAAUCUAAAACAAAACGGGAGCACCGGCAGUCGAAAUUGUAUUGUGAAACAGACACGUGAAUGUUUUGGCCGCGUCAACUUACAGAUAAAAAAAUAAAAUUUCUAAAUUACAUAUUCAGACAGUCAGCGACAAAUUUUCAGUAUCGUUUCCAACCGCAGCAGCAGCAGCAGCAGCAGCAACCACGACACCGAGUCGACAACAGCAGCGCUCAAUUAUUAAGAGGCCACAGUCGAGCUCCGUGGCAACAGCGAACCUACAGUGGAAUGGCGGAGCAAGUGACAUAUCUGGAUGUGCCCGAUAAGUCGGAGAACGACAAGAAAUUGUACAAAUCCCUGGUGUUGGCCAACGGUCUGCAUGCUUUGAUCGUCUCGGAUCCCAGCCCGGUGCCCGAUGAUGGCAUCAGCAGCACCGAGUCGUCGGAGGAAGGGGAAAAGCUGAGCGAGUCCAGCAGCAGCUCCUCCGACUCCAGCAGCGAAACCAAUUCGGUGACCUCGGAGAGCGGCAGCCAGGCAAGCAGCGAAACUGGCGACGAAAAGUUGGCCGCCUGUGCCCUGAUGGUGGACUACGGCUCGUUCGCCGAGCCGCGCAAUUACCAGGGACUGGCCCACUUCCUGGAGCACAUGAUCUUCAUGGGCAGCGAGAAGUAUCCGGAGGAGAACAUCUUCGAUGCGCACGUCAAGAAAUGCGGCGGCUUCAGCAAUGCCAACACCGACUGCGAGGACACGCUCUUCUACUUCGAGGUGGCCGAGAAGCAUCUGGACUCGAGUCUGGACUACUUCACAGCCCUGCUGAAGCAUCCGCUGAUGAAGCAGGAGGCCAUGCAGCGCGAGCGCAUCUCCGUCGACUCUGAGUUCCAGCAGAUAGCCCAAGACGACGAGACGCGCCGCGACCAGCUGCUGGCCAGCCUGGCCACCGAAAACUAUCCGCACGGCACCUUCACCUGGGGCAACCUGAAGACCCUCAAGGACAACGUGGACGAUGAUGCGCUGUACAAGGUGCUGCACGAGAUCCGGCGGGAGCAUUACUCGGCCAACCGCAUGUACGUCUGCCUGCAGGCCCGCCUGCCCCUCGACGAGCUGGAGGCCAUGGUGGUGCGCCACUUUGCCGAAAUCGUGCGCAACGACAGCAAGGCGCCGGACUUGACGAAGUUCGAUUAUCGGCAAGCCUUCCGUCCGGAGUUCCACGAGCAAGUGUUCUUCGUGAAGCCCGUGGAGAAUGAGUGCAAGGUGGAGCUGACCUGGGUGCUGCCCAGUGUCCGUCAGUACUAUCGCAGCAAGCCCGAUCAGUUCCUCUCCUACCUGCUCGGCACCGAGGGCAAGGGCAGUCUCUGCGCCUACCUGCGGCGCCGCCUCUGGGCCCUCCAGCUGAUAGCCGGCAUAGACGAGAACGGCUUCGAUCUGAACACCAUGUACUCGCUGUUCAAUGUGUGCAUCUACCUGACGGACGAGGGCUUCAAGCACAUCGACGAGGUGCUGGCCGCCACCUUUGCCUACGUGAAGCUCUUCUCCAACUGCGGCUCACUGCGGCAGCUGUACGAGGAGCAGCAGGCCAUCGAGGAGACCAAUUUCCGGUUUCAAGCGCAGCGACCGGCCUUCGACAAUGUGCAGGAUCUGGUCUUCAACAGCAAGUACUUCCCGCCCAAGGAUGUGCUCACCGGCAAGGAGCUCUACUACAGCUACGACGAGCAGCAGCUCAACGAGCUGAUCGGACAUCUGAACGAGUUCAAGUUCAAUCUGAUGAUCACCUCGCAGGACAAGUACGAGGGCAUUGCCUACGACAAGCAGGAGGCGUGGUUCGGCACCGAGUACACCACCGUGCCCAUGCCGGCCAAGUGGAAGCAGCUGUGGACCGACUCGAAGCCCAUGGAGCAGCUCUUUCUGCCCGAACCCAAUCGCUUUGUGGCCCACGACUUCAAGCUGUUCUGGAGCGCAAAAGGCAAGCCCGAUCUGCCCGCCCAUCCCAAGAAACUGCUCAAGACUGACACGUGCGAGCUGUGGUUCCGGCAGGAUGACAAAUUCGAGCUGCCCGAGGCCUACAUGGCCUUCUACUUUAUCUCACCGCUGCAGCGGCAGAGUGCCAAGAAUGAUGCGAUGUGCGCCUUGUACGAGGAGUUGGUUAAAUUCAACGUUUGCGAGGAGCUCUAUCCGGCGACCAGUGCCGGGCUGAGCUACAGCUUCAGUGCCGGGGAGAAGGGUCUGCUGCUGAAGGUCUCCGGCUACAAUGAGAAGCUCCAUUUGAUUGUGGAGGCCAUUGCCCAGGGCAUGGUCAACGUGGCGGACACCCUCGACGAGGGCACACUGUCGGCCUUCAUCAAGAACCAGCGCAAGGCGUACUUCAACAACCUGAUCAAGCCGCGUGCCCUCAACCGGGAUAUCCGCUUGUGUGUGCUGGAGCAUAUUCGCUGGCUGACAAUCGACAAGUUCAAGGCGCUCAAUGACAUCACGCUCGAGGACAUGAGGGAGUUUGCGCGCAAGUUCCCGCAGGAGUUGUACGUGCAGGCGCUCAUUCAGGGCAACUACACGGAGGAGUCGGCCCACAAUGUGCUGAAUGCGGUGCUCAGUCGCCUCAACUGCCAGAAGAUUAAGGAGCGUCAGUACGUGGAGGAUCGCACGGUGCAGCUGCCGCUGGGCAGUCACACCAUCCGCUGCCACGCCCUCAACAGCAGCGACACGAACACGGUGAUCACGAACUACUAUCAAAUCGGACCGAAUUCGGUGCGCGUGGAGAGCAUCCUCGACCUGCUGAUGAUGUUCGUCGAUGAGCCGCUGUUCGAUCAUCUGCGGACCAAGGAGCAGCUCGGCUACCACGUGGGCGCCACGGUGCGCGUCAAUUACGGCAGUGCCGGCUACACGAUUAUGGUGAAUUCGCAGGAGACAAAAACAACGGCCAGCUACGUUGAGGAGCGCAUCGAAGCGUUCCGCCUCAAGAUGCUGCAAAUUCUCAAGAAAUUGCCAAUGGAGGACUACGUCAGCAGCAGGGAGUCGCUGAUCAAGCUGAAGCUGGUCGCCGACAUGGCCCUGUCCACGGAGAUGGGCCGCAACUGGGAGGAGAUCAUCAACGGGGACUAUCUCUUCGAUCGCAAUCGCAAGCAGGUCGAAGUGCUGCGCACCCUCAACAAGGAGGACAUCAUCAGCUUCCUCAUCGACACGGAUGCCAACAAUUUGCGCAAGCUAUCGGUGCAGGUCAUUGGACAUCGUCCAGUGGGCAUGAACGAGCCUCUGCUGACUGUUGCGGAUGAUAAUGAUGCGGUCAAGGCUGCUGGCGCGGAGCUCAGCGACGAAGAAAUGCCCGAAGAUGACGACGACGACGAUGACGAUCAACUGUUCGAGGCGCUGGCCAACAAAAUGAGCAUUGUAUUCCUGCCAAAGGACGGUGACAGCUCCACCAUUACAGACAUUUCCGAGUUUAAGAGCGGCCUCGAGGUCUACCCCACGCUUGAGGCGCACCAGCAAGGCGCGGAAAUCAAUCGAACUGUUCGCAUUGAGGAUGCUCUGAGCAAUACGUGAGCCGGACAACCAGACACAGACACAGACACAGAGAUCGACGCCAGGCACGCCUGACCAAGUCAGACUCGAGACACUUCUUCACCCCACGGGAAAUGCAUUUUGUUUCAAUUAUGGAACACCUCAGACGAUCAUUUUUGCAAUCGAAAUGAAUAGAGUAACCAAAACACUUUAUAUGCUGUAUGAAUAAACAAUUCAAUUAACAAGUAAAAA